AUGAUAUCAAGACCGGAAGCAAACAAUGCUGCUCACGAAAUUGAUGGUGACAAGGACGCUACGCUACGGGCCAAUAACUUCGAUACUAAAAAUGCAUUCUGGGACUAUAUGGAAAGCCUUUUGGAAACACCUGAAGCCAAAUGCGAUCAAUCGACCGUUAACGCUGCCUUGGUGAAGUAUAUUAAACACGCGGCUGAUAACUAUCAGUCGUGUGUGAAAACCGAACAAGGUCUGUACCGGUUGGGACUGACAUUUACAGAAUCGUUGAUUUUCCGCAAAAAUCAGGACUUUUCGAUCAGCAAGUUGCUGUCGCUAUUGAGCGUAGAUUUGUUGGAAUGUAAUCUGAAGUUUAUCAUCAGUUAUAUCAUUCUUUGCGCUGCGAAAGGUGACUCUUCAGUUCUCGAGCUGCUUCUGGAAUUCCAAGGAUUUACAGUCAUAUACAACAACCUCUACAAUAUCUUUGCCUAUCUCAAUCGGUAUGGCGAAGACCAAAUAGUGAGCUCAAAAAGUGACACUUUUUCUGGUAGUAGUGAGAUAGAAUGGGACAUCAUCCACAAUUUGCAGCAGGUAUCGACAAUAUUGAUGGAUAUACUUUUCCAAGUGUUCAAAUACUCCAAAUGUGAGAUUUCUAAUGUGACUAUAGUAGACGACUUUUUCGUUUACUACACGAUGAGCACCAUACAGCCUGGAGCCACCGAUGAUCAUUUCAACAACGCCAAAUUCAAGCUUCUUUUGGCCCUUAACGAACAGUACAUGAUAUUUUCCUACAAAUAUGAGCUUGAAAACCGCGUCUACAAGUAUCUUGCCGACCACUCAGUCUCUAAAAACUUUGUGGAGUUUUUGCUUCUGAAGUUCAAUCGAGCAACCAACCGCUCGCUCCAAAUCAUGCUUUGCAAAGUGAUAUACCUGAUACUUACGGUGGACAAAAACUCAGCAGAAGAUUUCUUCUACCAGAACGAUCUCAAUGUUAUAGUAGACGUCCUGAUACGUGAGCUUACGAAUAUUCCUGAGGAUGAAGAGCUCAUUCGAAAUACUUUUCUGAGAGUGCUUUUACCUUUGUUGAGCAACACCGAGUUGGCGAAAACCAGAUACCGUAGAUCGGAUUUGGCUGGUGUACUAGAGUACUUAUCGUCACUUGACAACAUAUGCUCAUCAGAAGCACAACCCGUUCAUAAAACGACCGUGCGGUUGGCACAAAAGUGCUUGCAGCAGGUCGAAUGGCUCAGAAUAGAUGACAUGAACGAUCCUCAUAAAUUGGCAAGAGUCGACAGCGAGGAUUCCAGACAAUCGAGUGUGAGCGUAAAUUCUGCGUCCUCGUCGCGCGUUUGGCCACAUCGUUUUUACCAGAAUGGGAAUGGCUCUUUGUCGGCCGAGUCCAUAACAAGUCGUCUGCAACCACCACCACCACCACCACCGGCUCGAAAGCUACCAUCUCGCCAAGGCAGCGGGCAAAAAGUGGCACAGUUCCAGCUGCGGUGA